CUUUCCGCCAUAUUGCAGAACCGGCAUCAUGGUGCGCAUGAACGUUCUCGCGGAUGCUCUGAAAAGCAUCAACAAUGCUGAGAAGCGUGGGAAACGCCAGGUCCUCAUCAGGCCCUGCUCCAAGGUUAUUGUGCGCUUCCUAACCGUCAUGAUGAAGCACGGUUACAUUGGUGAGUUUGAGAUCAUUGAUGACCACAGAGCCGGAAAAAUUGUCGUCAAUCUCACAGGCAGGCUGAACAAGUGUGGUGUUAUCAGUCCACGUUUUGAUCUCCAACUCAAGGACCUGGAGAAGUGGCAGAACAACCUGCUGCCCUCAAGACAGUUUGGAUACAUUGUGCUGACCACCUCAGCUGGCAUCAUGGACCACGAAGAGGCCAGACGGAAACACACAGGAGGCAAAAUCCUUGGAUUCUUUUUCUAAAAUGUAAAGAACUGCAAAUAAAAAAACAACCAGGGGAAA